GAACAUAAGGUUAAAUGUGUAGUUUGAAGUAGGGCUUCGUAAAGUUUUAGUUACAAAUUUACGUUUUUUAUUUACCAAAACUUUGUUAAGUGGGAUGUUGUUUUACUUGAUUGUCCCAUGUGACAGUUAAGUAACUUAACAUCCUACUAUUGGGGCGCAAUACUUGGUCAGUCUUCAAAAGAUUUAAAAAUAAAUAAAAACAUGCCCAGCCUUAAUUACACAUCUCUCUAUUUAGGAAGCAUAAUGGAGGAAAAAGAACAGUUCAAUCAAGAUAUGGCCGAAAGUUCCAAAGUGUACAGUUUAGAAAAUAUUUGGAUUGGAUUAAAAAGGAAGAGAAGAGAUGUCGUCUUUGACACACCAAUUCAAAAUUUUCACUCAGAUAGUCAGAUUAAGACAGAGAAAAUACCUAAAUAUAUUCCUGGUUAUGUGGAGGGUCCACAUCCCAUCAUUUCAGAUCCCUUGUUCUCUUUGAUAAUCCUGAUUUACGUUGCCAUCGUGUUUCUGUAUAUGUUCUACGCUUUCUGCUGGAAGGAUCCUGAACCACAAACCCAACCUCAGAACAAAGCAAAGAAGAAAGACUCAGACUGUGCUCAAGAAGAGAAGAAGAUUGAAAAUGGGAAAAAUAAAUCCAAUGGAGUUGAUUAGUAAAAAAAACAUCUAAUUAAAUUUCCUCAAAAAACAA